AUGGCAACGGUAGAACAGCAACCGCCCUCACCUUUCACUCCUCCAACAUCCCCCCUAUCUCCAGUCCCUCCCUCGCCAACUGCAGCCAGAUCGCCUUCGCCCUCAUCGUCAGUAUUCGACGCGUUUCCCCUCGUUUCUGACGAUCCCCCUGUACGUGCUUUAUCCGCGGCACAGUAUUAUCUUAUUCAUGAGGCAUACUAUUCCACGCCUCUCCCGAACGAUCUGCUGUUCCCGUGGUUGCAUGGCGUAGACGGAAGAAGCACACAGCAAAAUCAGUUUUUUGGUAUUACCGAAAUCCGAGUGCCUCCGCAUAGAGGAGUAACUGUUGUAUCUGCUGAAGGAACAGGUCAAAAGUGUCAGCUAAUCGGUGCCGUAUUGCCUGACGAUAUACUAAAUUCUAAUACGGGAAACGUGAGAGAGACGAGAGGUUUUUUGGACGUAUAUUGUGGUGAAGGAAUUAACUUAAGGAAUUUUAAGUGGCAAGUAGCAAAAUAUGCCACGGUUAGUGAUAUUAUUGUAUAUGGAGAACACGGGCUGGAUGAGAACGUAUUGGAAAUUGCGAAACAAGCCUCUCGUGCGCAAUCAUAUCUACGCGAAACAAGACCAAAUGGAAUAGAGUAUGAGACGUUUGUCAUAAUAGAGCCUUUUUCUUACUUUGAAAAGGAAUUCCCGGAUCUCGUUUCGAUAGACAGCCAAGGCUUCAUACGUAACAAGAUUAAUUUCCUAGAACAAGAGCGAGAAGAAAUGCGUUUACUAACUGCCGCCUUGGAAAUCUCGACCAAUGUUUGGCUCGGGAAUUCACAAGACGUGCCUGUCCUAAAAGAGUGUGAUCCUGCCGAUUCAACAACUUCUCUCCUUGAUGACAACCCUUAUCAAUUCUCCAUCUGCAUCGAAGCACAUGACGUUGCUGAUAUGCCGACAUCAUCUGAUCUCUCUAUCGCUUCGUCCACUCUUCUUCGAACGUCUAUUCCACCUGCUGCUCCUACAGAGAUAUGCAACUUGGAUUGUAUUUCAACAUUUGCUAACGGAAAUAUUGACAGCGCAGGAGAACAAUUGAUAACUCUAUGCGAAUUUAUUGAUAAACAAGCAAAUGAGUAUGGACGAAGAGUGCUUAUUCAUUGUGCUGACGGAUAUACGGAAACGAGUAUAUUGGCAUUGACAUAUUUGAUGUAUAAAGAACAUUUACGGUUACCGGAAGCGUAUUUGAAACUGCAAGAAACCAGGAGCUUUUUUGUCUACCAUAAUGAUGUUCAUGCUUUGAUGCAAAUAGAAAACCUUGUUUGGGAGCAUAAACUAUCCCGGAACGAGGAACAAGAAAAGAAAGAGGAUAUAUAUGCGAAACAUUCUUGGUUCCGAUCAUCGUAUUUCGAGGGGAGUUUUCCCAGUAGAAUUCUACCUUUCUUGUAUUUGGGUAACUUGUAUCAUGCAUGUAAUGGUGGAAUGUUGAAAGCAUUAGGGAUAACGCACAUUUUGUCUGUUGGAGAAGAUGCUAGGUUGGACCCAACAGAGUUUAAAGUAAAUCUUUUGGAUAAUUUAUUUGACGAUGGAAUUGAUAGCCUGUGGAAACAUUUAGAUGGAUGUGUAAACUUUAUUGGUAAGUAG